AAAAAGAGAAACUUGGGAGAAUACGGCCGUUCCUAUUCCUAACACUCUUGACCUAAACUCAGAUUCCCAAAUCCUCUCCUUCUGAACCACGCAACGCCAUCAGAUCUUCCGCUUUCCGAUCGUCUUCUUCUCCUCCGGCGAUCGUCUUCUUCUCCUCUGGCGAUCGUCAUCACCAUCGCCGUCAUGUUCUCCGCUGAUUGUUAGGCAUGUGAAGGGGAAACAUUGGUUGAGCUGGCUGUGGCUCAUUUAUCAAAUCAUCAUCAUGGAUCCCUGCAACUGCAUUGAGCCACAAUGGCCUGCUGAUGAACUGUUAAUGAAGUAUCAGUACAUUUCGGACUUCUUUAUCGCUCUCGCUUAUUUCUCCAUCCCCCUCGAGCUCAUCUACUUUGUGAAGAAAUCCGCGGUGUUCCCGUACAGAUGGGUCCUUGUUCAGUUUGGUGCUUUCAUUGUAUUGUGUGGAGCUACUCAUCUUAUUAAUUUAUGGACUUUUACUAUGCAUUCGAGAACUGUGGCUAUCGUAAUGACCACUGCCAAGAUUCUAACAGCUGCAGUGUCAUGUGUUACUGCCCUUAUGCUUGUACAUAUAAUACCUGAUCUGUUGAGUGUUAAGACCAGGGAGCUCUUCUUGAAAAACAAGGCUGCGGAGCUUGAUAGAGAGAUGGGCCUGAUCCGUACACAAGAGGAGACGGGUCGGCAUGUCAGGAUGUUGACCCAUGAGAUUAGGAGUACUCUUGACAGACAUACUAUACUAAAAACCACACUAGUUGAAUUGGGGAGAACUUUGGCUUUGGAAGAGUGUGCUUUAUGGAUGCCAACGCGUACAGGGUUAGAGCUUCAACUCUCAUACACACUUCGACAGCAUAAUCCAGUUGGAUAUACUGUGCCCAUUCAUCUUCCUGAUAUUAACCGAGUCUUUAGUAGCAACCGUGCGGUGAAAAUAUCCCCAAACUCCCCAGUGGCCAGACUACGGCCUCUCAGUGGAAAGUAUAUGCAUGGGGACGUUGUUGCCGUUCGAGUUCCGCUUCUACAUCUUUCAAACUUCCAAAUAAAUGACUGGCCAGAGCUUUCAACAAAGCGCUAUGCCUUGAUGGUCUUGAUACUUCCUGCGGACAGCGCUAGGCAGUGGCAUGUCCAUGAGUUAGAGCUGGUUGAAGUAGUCGCUGAUCAGGUUGCAGUUGCUCUUUCACAUGCUGCUAUACUAGAAGAGUCAAUGAGAGCAAGAGAUCUUUUAAUAGAGCAGAACGUUGCACUUGAUCUGGCCAGGAGGGAGGCAGAAACUGCUAUUCGUGCUCGCAAUGAUUUCCUUGCUGUUAUGAACCAUGAGAUGAGAACUCCUAUGCAUGCAAUUAUUGCACUUUCUUCCUUGUUGCAGGAAACUGAGCUGACUCCUGAGCAGCGCCUGAUGGUUGAGACAAUACUGAAGAGUAGUAACCUUUUGGCCACUCUUAUAAAUGAUGUCUUAGAUCUUUCCAGGCUUGAGGAUGGUAGCCUUCAACUUGAAAAAGGAACUUUUAACCUUCAUUCUGUAUUUAGAGAGGUCCUUAAUUUAAUUAAACCUGUUGCAUCCGUCAAAAAGUUGACAGUUACAUUAAAUAUAGCUUCAGAUUUGCCAGUAUAUGCUGUUGGUGAUGAAAAACGCCUUAUGCAAACUAUUUUGAAUGUUACUGGUAAUGCUGUGAAGUUCUCAAAAGAGGGCACCAUCUCAAUAUCUGCUUUUGUCAUAAAAUCAGAGUCUUUAAGAGAGUAUCGAACUGCUGAAUUUUUUCCGCUACCAAGUGAUAAUCACUUCUACUUGUGUGCACAGGUUAAAGAUUCAGGAUCAGGAAUUAGCCCUCAAGAUAUUCCUAAGAUUUUCACUAAAUUUACACAAACUCAACCGUUAGCGACCCGAAAUUCUGGUGGCAGUGGACUUGGCCUUGCAAUCUGUAAGAGGUUUGUAAAUCUUAUGGAAGGACAUAUAUGGAUUGAAAGUGAAGGUUUGGGUAAAGGGUGCACCGCCAGUUUCAUAGUCAAACUCGGAUUUCCAUAUCGACCCGUUGAAUCUAAGCUGCAUUAUGUGCCUAAGGUGCAAGCUAAUCAUGUUCAUGCAAAUUUCACAGGGCUGAAAGUUCUUGUUAUGGAUGAUAAUGGGGUAAGCAGGUCAGCGACAAAGGGACUUCUUGUGCAUCUUGGGUGUGAUGUUACAACUGUGAGCUCCGGUGACGAGUGCUUAUGCAUUGUUUCUCAGGAACACAAGGUGGUGUUCAUGGAUGUGUGCACGGAUGGUUACGAACUUGCCAGCCGCAUACGUGAAAGAUUUGGAAAACGUCAUGACAGACCGCUGGUUGUAGUACUUACUGGGAAUACAGACAAGUCGACAAAGGAGAACUGCAUUAGAUUUGGGCUGGAUGGAGUUAUUCUUAAACCUGUUUCUAUCGACAAAAUGAGGAAUGUUCUGUCGGAGCUACUGGAGCAUCGGGUUCUAUUCGAGGCCAUGUAAUCCCUAGGAAGAUGACUGCAUAGAGAAAUUCCCAAAGCAAAGCAAAAAAGGUAAUGCAUAGCCUGUGUACAUAGCACAUGCCAUUGCCGCGAUUCAUGAAAAAUGGAGUGAUACUGCAAAUAAACGGACCCGUAAAAAGCAUUUCUUUUUCUAAACCGUAAUGUACAUUUCAUGGGAAAAUACAUGUGGAAACACAGCGAUACAUCUGUAGCGAGGCACACAUUGUUAAUGGUUUUGUUUGAUGGAAUGAGUAAUGGUUGUGAAGGUAUAGAAGGGAUUUGUUUCUUC